UUAUAAUAUUUGUUAAAAAUGGGUAUUACGGAAAAAAUCAAUGAGAUUAAGGACGAAAUGGCCAAGACUCAGAAAAACAAGGCCACCAAUUACCAUCUUGGUACACUGAAGGCUAAACUAGCCAAGCUGAGAUCUAUGCAGACUGAAGAGUCCAAAGGUGGCAAAGGUGCUGAAGGAGAAGGAUUUGAGGUAGAAAAACUAGGACACGCUAGAAUCGCAAUGAUCGGGUUCCCCUCUGUAGGAAAAAGUACCAUGCUUAAUGUACUCACAGAGACAGAGUCUCUCUCUGCAGCUUAUGAGUUUACUACUCUUACUUGUAUUCCAGGUUUUAUCUAUCAUAACGAAGCUAAACUCCAACUGUUGGAUCUUCCAGGUAUUAUUGAAGGUGCCGCCUCAGGUAAAGGAAGAGGAAGACAGGUCAUCGCUGUUGGUAAGUCAUCAGAUCUUAUCAUGAUGGUUCUUGAUACUCAGAAGGGAGAGGAACAGAAAGCUAAGCUUACUCUUGAGCUCGAGUCUGUUGGUAUUAGACUUAACCAGCCCAAACCUUUAAUCACAGUAAAACAGACCAAUAAGGGAGGAGUCAUGAUCAACUGUACUGUCAAAAGAACCAAAAUGGAUGAUAAGAUGAUCAAAAAUGUUCUUGCAGAGUACAAAAUGCAUAAUGCUCAUGUUGUGAUGAGAGGAGAUUACACUGUUGACGAAUUGAUCGACUCUAUUGAAGGAAAUAGACACUAUGUUAAAUGCCUUUACGUUUAUAACAAGAUAGAUACAGUCUCUAUUGAAGACGUGGACCAACUUGCCAGACUUCCAAACACAACUGUUAUUUCAUCAGGAAUGAAGCUUGGACUUGAACUCCUUAAGGAAAGAAUUUGGGAAAUGCUUGGAUUAGUCAGAGUCUACACAAAAAAGAAGGGAUCUCAACCAGAUUUGAGUGACCCUUUGAUUCUCACGAAAGGAAGAGGAGGAUACUCAGUAAAGGCUGCUAUCAAGCAAAUCCAUAAAGGUCUGUUGACCAACUUCAAGUGCGCAUAUGUAUGGGGAAAGAGUGCUAAGCAUAGUCCUCAAAAGGUGGGACUCAUCCACGAACUUGCUGAUGAAGAUGUACUCCAGAUUAUGAAAAAGGGUAAUUAG